AAAUAACUUUAAUUUCAGAAUGGGGCAAGCAUAAUGGUUGAAGUUGCAGCUGGUCCUUUUGGAAACAGUGAAAAGAAUGAUGGAAACUUGGUGGAAGUCCCUACUGAACGCUCAGCUCCCCAUGAGAAAUUACCUGUGGUUAUUAGAGUGCCUAGACUUGAAUACUCUGCAUCGACUCUGUGUGACAUGCCAUUUUCAUUGUUGGGUUUUGGAGACAUCAUUGUUCCAGGGCUUCUGGUUGCCUAUUGUCGAAGAUUUGAUGUUCAAACAAGUUCAUCUUCUGUAUAUUACAUUUCCUGUACAAUAGCUUAUGCCAUUGGUAUGGUGCUGACUUUCGUUGUGUUGGCAUUAAUGAAGAUGGGACAACCUGCCCUUCUCUAUCUUGUACCAUGUACACUCAUUACUAGCUCGCUUGUUGCUUGGAGGCGCAAAGAGAUGAAGAAGUUUUGGAAAGGCAGCAGUUACCAGGUAUCGGACUCCUCCAGGACGCCUUUGCUACAAGAUGAUGGAACACCUGGAUUAUACAGGAAAUGAAGAAAGCAUGGCAUCAGCCAGUGAACAGCCUGGAGGACAAUGACAUUUAGGAUCCUGAUUUAAAAUAGUAUUCAAAUUUUCUACAAGUAAAUUACAGUAAAUUUGGUGAAGUUUUACAAUAGAGUAUUUCCCACUCUGUGUAAAAGGGUUUUUUACUCCCACACCUAUAUUUUUAUGGAAAAUAUUGUUAAUAACAUAAAAGCAAUCAAAAUAGACUUGCAUUUUUACAGUCAAACCAUAGCUAGUAAAACCGUGCCUUAUUUCGAUUUAAAUAAAAGGAUGUUUUCUAUGCAA